UACAAACCCUCAUAAAAAGUAUAACUAAACAGACAAAAUUCUGUGCAAAUGUACUACAGUCUGUAAUUGUGAAACUACAAAGUGCACCUGGUGGAGCUGGAGGCCUGGGGUUUAUAUAAUUAUAGAUUUUUGUAAGAGAAGAGAAGGAAGAGAUUAGAGCAGUUUAAAGACAACUCAUCUGUGUAAAAAGGCUCAUUUCAUAAUUAGUAAUUGAAGAGUUUCAUCCCAAAAUACUGUGAAUACAUUUGUAGCAAUUUUGGAUAUAAGGAGGUUUUAAAAACAGUAACGUAUAGUGGAAAACAUUAUGUACCUUUCUAAUAUUAUAACAUUGAUAUUUCUUUCAACAGCGAAAGUGGUCUAUAAUGCUUCAGUUUGAUUGUAUCUUGCACACUUUUGGUCCCAGUGUAAUUGUACGGGUUUCACUUUUCCUCUCUUUAUCGCGCACAUGCCAACUUAUGAAGUAAACUCCGGAACGACGCACACACUUCCUGGUCCAACCCUCACAAAGUCGACUUCUCAGUUUCUUCUCGUUUGGGUUGAUAUUGUAUCUCUUUAAAAACUUAAAUUAAAAAAAAAUUGUUAAUAAAGUGAAAUAGACAGUAUAAAAGCUUGGCUGUUGCCGACCAACAUGGUGAGACCGUGAUCUUGCUGAUCUGACGCUAACAGAGGUGAGCAGAUGUAGAGAUUUCGUCACGUUACAUUCUUAAAGGUUUUAUCUUCAACUUCUCAGCCUGUUUUACCGGUCACACCUAAAGCUUUUUAGAGUUUCUGAGGUUUCAGGAAUCCCGUCAGUGUCUGGAUUUAUCCGAUUGCCGAAGACAGCAUUAGGUAUCCAGCGUGUUGACAUAAUCUAAUUGUACCAACUGCCUCUCUGCAGAUAAGAAAGGUGAUUAGGCCUUAUGAACACAGUGCCUUGUGUCUUGAGCAGAAUUUCAAAAUGACAGAUUCAAACAAACCUCAACGCAAGCUGUCCAGAGCUGGGGACAGCUUAUACCAGACAUUAGGCUUGGAGAAGGGCGCAUCAUCUGAGGAGAUUAAAAAAGCCUACAGGAAACUAGCACUGCGAUAUCACCCAGACAAAAACCCAGACAACCCAGAAGCUGCAGAAAAGUUCAAAGAGAUCAACAAUGCCAACUCCAUUCUUAAUGAUGAGAACAAACGGCAGAUCUAUGAUGAAUAUGGUUCCAUGGGCCUUUACGCUGCAGACCAGUUUGGAAAAGACUCUGUUAAAUACUACUUCCUCAUGUCAAAGUGUUGGUUCAAGACACUUUUAGCCUGUGGAUUGAUCUUUACCUGCUGCUGCUGCUUCUGCUGUUGCUGUUGCUGCUGUGGAAAGUGUGCACUAAACGAGGAUGAGGAAGAAUGUUUCUAUGUGGAUCCAGAGCAGCUAGAAGCUCAAAUGUUUGAGGAGCAAAAUAGAGCCAAAGAACCAGUUAUUAUAGCACAGCCUGUUCCCUCUCCAGUUCCUGGAGAUUCAGCCCAGGGCACAGUGAUCAUAGGCAUGCCAGUACCUAGUGCAGACACCACAAACUCAAGUGAUGGUGGAGACACAGCCAUUAAUGUACAGCCAGCUGCAUUUACAGUGCAUGACCAGUCUUUUGCCUUUGAAACACAGAAUUCAUGACCGAGAGAAGAUGUAACAUGUCCAUAUUUGUCCUUUCACUUUUUGUGAAAGUAAGCUCAGCUCUUGUGGAAAUGAUGACUGAUUGAUGGUUAGAAGUUCUGCAUUGCAAUCAAAAAUUCAGAAUGUUCAGAAUGUAUCAAUUUUUGUUUACAUGUAUCUUGAUUGCCUUUACUGUGGCAGGUUCUUUUUACAGAGAUAUAUUUAGUUAUAUUAUAUGAGUUAUUUAGUGAAAAUUCCAAUAACUGGGAAUUGCCUACUAAUAGGCAUCUCCAGCCAAAGAGAAAUUUUCUGGAGAAAUGUUUUUUAUGGACUCCAACCUAAUGUAUAAACAUUUAAACUUAAAAUAUGAUCGCACUUGUCUUAAAUGACUAAUUUAAAUAAGAAUGUAAUCUAAGGUAACUUAAGUAAUAAUUUAAAUAAUCCUAAGCAACAACAGUGGCACUGACACUGAUGUCUUAUGUUUGAAUUAUUUUUUUAUUUUUGUAAUGACUUUACUAUAUAAAUAGAUUGUGUAAGCCCUCUAUGCUACAGACUGUUAGAGGAUGCAGCAAAAACACAGAAUAUGUUUGGAACUUUAGAGUUUUGUAAUGCAGUUGGGUUGGUAAGUUGUAGAACUCUGCCUGAGAAUGUACUGUGAUAAAAAUGUAAGUAAAUAUUAGUUUUUGAUAUCUGUAUGUACAUAUGGGUCCAUAUUUUAUCUGCCUUAGUAGAAAGAUUUUUUAUUCUUUAAAAACAAAAGUCUCAAAAUGCAGGUCAUUAUGCUUCACUUUUUAAGCAAAACGAUGUUUGUGCUAGUACUUUGAAAAACUUUAAAGCAUGUUUUGUAUGUAUUGUAGUGUAAGAUUAAGCCAUUAAUAUAUCAUAUUAAUCAAACAUCUGAUACUUUGACAUUCUAAUGCCUCAGGGAUCUCAUUACAUUUACACAGUACGUUUUCUAUGACUCUUGUUGAUAAAUGUGAUGAACAGCACCAUUAACAACCUUCUUAAAGAAUUUAGUCUGAUCUAAAUGGUGUGGUAUAAAAAUUUCCACCUGUACAAAAUGGGCUGCUGCAAUAAUACUUCAGUUUAGUGAUUACACUUUAAAAGUUGCGCAUUUUAAUAUUUGUUGAUCAAAUGGGUUGAAUUGAUUAUAUAUUUGAUUCCAGGUGUUAUAUCUGUGGCAAGCAAGUACAGUGUAUGAAAAAUUAUGAAGUUAAAUAAAACUGAUGUUUUGCUGUAUCA